AUGGCAACCUCAAGUAAUACAUUUUGUGGAAUUUGUGAAGCCCGUCAUAUUACAAAGGCAGCCGAUUUCUGGUGUGGCGAAUGUGAUGAAGGACUUUGUUCUGCGUGCAAUGAUCAUCAUAGUAUUUCUAAAGCAUCUAAGCAUCACAACGUUAUUACGAUUGACAGUUACAAUAAACUACCACUAUCGAUAUCAAAUAUUGUCAAUUAUUGCUCCACCCAUGACAGGAGAUAUGAAAAUUAUUGCCCACACCAUGAUACGCUUUGUUGUCCUGCUUGCAUUGUUGUUGAUCAUAAAAGUUGUAUUGGUCUUUCGUUACUUCAAGAUGUUAUUAAUCCUGCAAAAACAUCGGCAUUGUUGGAUUCUAUUGAAACUAGUGUUAAAGACCUACAAAACAACAUCACAAAUAUAAUUGAAGACCGGCAACAAAAUAUUGUCAGCAUACAUGACCAACGACAGCGAUAUAAGGACGAGAUCAAGAAGACACGCACAAAAGUUAAUAAUCAUCUUGACACACUGGAACACGACAUGUUAAAGGAUAUAGAUGAUACAGAAAUCCGAACAAAAGCAGAGAUAGAACAGAUCGUAGCCAAAUUAUUAGAAAAAAGGAAAGUCGCAGAUGAUAUAGAACACAGCAUUUCCGCCAUUAAAAUGUAUGCAUCAGAUCUAAAUGCAUACAUUGGAAGUAAGUCGAUUGAAACAGAAGUAGAAAAAGAGGAAACCUAUCUUCAAUCCUUAAUCGAGGAUGGAAGUCUUGCUCAAAUUCGUUUGAAUUUAAAUAUUGAUAAUUUAUUAACAAGUCUGGAAACAACAAUCAAAGUCUUCGGAAAAGUGAACACCCUGACAGGACGUCCACAAGUUGUAUUGCAAAAUGAGAAAAACAAACAAGCGCAGAUUUUUUCAUCUGUUCCACAAUUAGUCCCGAAAUCUUUUGAUGAAAUAACACUAUCUCAAAUAUCAAAAAUAACAAUCCAAAACAAAGUUUGGAAGAAUUGCGAUUUUCGGGGAUGUGUUGUUUUGCCUAAUGGUAAGGUGAGUUUAGCAGACUGUGGCAACAGUAGACUUGUUGUUGUUGAUAACAAAGGUUCACUGGAAAAGUCAAUUCCAUGUUCAACAGAUAAAGAAGGUCCUUUUGACGUCACCUUCAUUAAAGAAAAUGUAGUCGCGGUUUCAACAUCCACUGGCAUUCAGAUUGUCAACAUUAACUCAGAGACAGUCUUUGAAAGUAUAAAGACUGCUGGGCAAUGUCAAGGAAUAGCAUACAACAACGGCGUAUUAAUAUGUUGUGUUAAAUCAAAGGGAAUUCAAGGUAUUGAUAUAGUAAACAAGACUGUCACAACUUUAGUCAACGUUGACGAUGGAAGUACUCAACCUGGUAUAGCUGUACAUAGAAAUAAAAUAUAUACAACGGACUUUUCAAAUGACAUUGUAAGGUGUUAUGAGUUGGAAGGAAAGAAGUUGUGGCAAUUCAAGAAUAAAGAGGUUAUCUUUGGUCCAGCUGGAAUAGCUGUAGAUAACAACUCGUACGUUUACGUUGCGUUAUUCUCUCAUUAUAAAAGUGUUAUUGUUUUGUCUACUGAUGGAAAAAAGUUUAGGAAAAUUCUUUCCUCCAAGGAUGGCUUAUUCAGUCCUAGAACACUAUAUUUUGAUGAGGCUAAACAUAACUUACUCGUCGCCAAUCAACAUCAAUCUAUAUUUAUAUAUAAGGUUUCGUGA